AUGGUGAUCAAUUUCCGAGUAUUUCCAUUCACAGCUACCGAUGGAGCUGAAGAGGAAAAACGUCUACAAGAAGAUCUUUUCCGAAAUUAUAAUAAACAUGUGCGACCAGUAAGGAAUAUUUCGGAUACAGUGGUACUAAGCAUCGGCCUCUCAAUUACACAGUUGUUAGAUGUGGACGAAAAGAAUCAAAUCAUCACCACUGGCGUGUGGAUGAACCAGUAUUGGAUCGAUUACCGAUUGUCAUGGAAUUCUUCAAACUAUGGGGGAAUGGACAAUGUUAUCAUACCUUUUGACUGGGUAUGGUAUCCCGACAUCGUUUUGGAUAACAGUGCUGAUGGUAAUUACGAACUACCGCGUUGGAAAUAUACCACCGUAUAUUCUGACGGCACAGUCUGGGUAACGCCGCCAGGGGUCCUAAAAAGCCCCUGUGCGAUCGAUGUGCAAUAUUUCCCGUUCGAUAUUCAAGAAUGUCAUAUGUCAUUCGGCCCGUGGGAAUUCACGGCAGUGGAAUUACGACUGACGCCAGUGGAAGAUUUCGUAGUCAUUGAAAACUACGUUAAAAACGUGGAAUGGGAGCUGGCGAAUUCUUCUGUGUUGGAAAUAUACGAACAGAACGAGUGUUGCCCCGAGGACGCCUAUAGCGUCGUGCUAUAUACCUUAGUUUUACGUCGGCGUCCGCUGUUCUACGUACUGAACAUCCUUGUACCGUGUUUAGUGAUGUCAAUGUUAACGCUUGUAGUGUUCUACUUGCCGUCGGACUGCGGGGAAAAGAUGACACUCAGUAUAUCGGUUCUGUUGGCAUUAUCCGUUUUUAAUUUGCUCAUAUUUGACAUAAUGCCACCGACUUCUGAUACAACACCACUUAUUGGGAAAUAUUUACUUUUCAAUAUGGGACUAGUAAUGCUAUCUAUCAUGUUUUCUGUCAUUGUAUUAAACUUGCAUCAUCGGAGCAUGAGAACGUGCCGGAUGCCACAAUGGGUGCGACGGUUCUUUUUGUAUAAACUACCCACCUAUGUGUGCUUAAUGCCAUACCCGUUCGAUGCCAACAAACUACGAAAUGAUUACGUAAUGAGCGGAGAAGACGACGCACUUACCGUUGCGCCAAAUGUGCGACAUUCAAAUCUUCGCUUAAGUAGCUUGACAGGCAGUGAUAAUAUGGGAUAUUUAGACGAAAAAGAUACAUUACACUUUAAGAAUGACAAUCGGAAUUUAAGGACACUUUCUGGGAAGGUGAUCGCGAACAGUAGAAGGAAAGUCUGUCCGACUGUUCGCUCCACUAGUGUGCAUUUAGACAAGUCUUGUCAGACCAAUGCCACCAUUCCGCUGGACCCGGGAGAUUAUUCCGAUGAAUUCCGAACCAAUCUGAGCAACCACGAAGCGUUCAUUAAUUCACACCUUCUUCAAAACAAAAUAUCACAAGAACUGGAGUUUGUUACACGAAGAUUGAAAUUUGAUGAUUGGGAUUUUGAGGACGAGAAGAACCAGAUUAUCACUACAGGCAUAUGGAUGGAUCAGUAUUGGGCAGACUAUCGUUUACAGUGGAAUUCGUCAGAUUACGGGGGUAUUGAGAGUGUCAUCGUGCCAUUUGAAUGGGUUUGGUAUCCAGACCUUGUACUUGAUAAUAGUGCCGAUGGUGAUUAUCUACUUCCAACAUGGAAAUAUGUUACUCUUUACGAGGACGGUCAGAUCUGGGUCACUCCGCCAGGAAAAGUUCAAAGUCCGUGCUCGCUUGACGUGAAAUAUUUUCCAUUUGACGAACAGUUUUGUAUAUUGUCAUUCGGACCUUGGGAAUUCACGGCAUUUGAAGUAAUAAUGAAACCAAUUAAUGACUAUGUACCCAAAGAAAACUACAUCGAAAAUGUGGAGUGGGUAUUUUUCAAUUCCAGUGUGGUGUUGAUAGCGGAUGUCGACGAAUGUUGUCCAGAUGAGGCGUAUAGCACAGUGGAGUACACACUUGUCCUACGAAGACGUCCUCGAUAUUAUAUUUUAAAUAUCCUGUUUCCGUGCAUCGCAAUGUCAGUGCUUACCCUCGCCGUGUUCUACCUGCCACCCGACAGCGGAGAGAAGAUGACACUCAGCAUAUCCGUUCUUAUUGCACUUUCAGUGUUUAGCCUUCUAGUGGCCGAUAUAAUGCCGCCAAGCGCAGACUCUUCUCCAUUGAUCGGAAACUAUCUGUUAUUUAUCAUGACAACGAACGCAUUCUCAAUAUUUAUGUCAGUAAUUGUAUUGCAUUUCAACCACCGUUCAUGUAAGUUUUACAACAUGCCACGCUGGAUUCGCACAUAUUUCCUUUGUUUCCUACCAAAGUACAUAGGACUGGGUGACAGGGUACCAAUGGUUCCGCGAAAAAACUCCGUUGAUCCGUCGAUCGACGAGAAACUGGAAAUAGUUUCAUUGGACAACGGCCAUGAAACUACCUUUACUCAGGCUGAGAAAAAACAAAAUGAAAAUUGCGGACUGACAGUUCCGAAGGCGAUGCUUGGUAGCACGGUAUUCAAAUACGGUGAAGAUGAGAGUAGUUUCAACUCGUUUCAAAAAAAGGUCGUGGCUUUUAUCGAAUACGUCUCUAAACGGAUGCACAGGAAAUAUAUAGAAGAAGAGUUAGAAGACGAAUGGAAGCAGCUGGCUACUGUUGUGGACAGAAUUUGCCUCAUAAUAUUUUUUCUCGUGAAUGUUGUUGGAUCAUUGAUAAUUCUUCUCAACGCACCUGGGAUUUACAGAUGA